CGUCACGGUGGCGGAAGUCGCGGCAGCUGUGUUUAAAUCAGACCGCCCGAGUCUUACAAGCUUCUGCUCGCGCCGAGGCCAGCGACCGCCGAGCGUCGGGCGGACGCCCUGACGCCUACUCUGCAGCCCUGCUGACCUGACGCCGCUGCCACGCCAUGUCCACCCCUCCGUUGGCGUCGUCGGGGAUGGCGCCCGGGCCCUUCGCCGGGCCCCAGGCCCAGCAGGCGGCCCGGGAGGUCAACACCGCAUCGCUCUGCCGGAUCGGGCAGGAGACGGUCCAGGACAUCGUGUACCGCACCAUGGAGAUCUUCCAGCUCCUGAGGAACAUGCAGCUGCCAAACGGUGUCACUUACCAUACUGGAACAUAUCAAGACCGGUUAGCAAAGCUACAGGAUCAUCUUCGCCAACUCUCUAUUCUCUUCAGGAAGCUGAGAUUGGUCUAUGAUAAAUGCAAUGAAAACUGCGGCGGGAUGGAUCCCAUUCCAGUAGAGCAACUUAUUCCAUACGUGGAAGAAGACGGCUCAAAGAAUGAUGACCGGGCCGGCCCACCUCGUUUUGCUAGUGAAGAGAGGCGAGAAAUUGCUGAAGUCAAUAAAUUGACCCCUGAACAACACAGGUUUGAACUGUGCAGAUCCACUCAUAUGCGGAUUUUUUUCAAUAAAAUACUCCAGUACUACACAGUAUGCAGUUGACUGAAUCUGCGGAAGCAGAACCAUGGAUACAGAGGGCAGACUGUGGGACUUGAGCAUCCUCAGAUUUUGGUACCGCGGCAGGUCCUGGAACCAGUCCCCCACAUUGUUUAAUGGUCAGCUGAAUAUCACUGUGUACUUGAAAUUGUACAGAACAUAUUGAUGGUCAGUCUGGUUUCUAACAACAUAUAUAUCACUAAUGUCUACCAUAGUGGCAUGAAACUUUGGGGCAUGAAAUUUGUAAUCAGUAUUUGAUAUAAAUCAUCAGAUGCAGAAUGGCCUAAUUUUAAUAGUCAAAUUUUUAGCUUUUUAAAAUACUUCAUUUUCUUUUCAUAUGUCCUUGAAUCCAUAAGCCUUAAUACCCAAGUAAAGGAUGAACACUUGUUUGAGACUAUAUUUUAAGGAUAUCAGAAUGAGUUCUAUUUUGCUUAAAAGUAUUCUGUUAAUGGUAAAAUGAAACUGAAAGAGAUAUGUGGGUAGUUUUUACAGAGUUGACAUAUGAUUGAGUUCAAGCAGUUAGAAGUUAAAGCAUUUUUGACCAAUUGUCACAGCCUUUGUAUGAAUAGUAAAUUACAUGGUAUGACUUAGCAUAAACAUUUUUUUAAGUAUCUACUCUACUUACACAUUCACCUGUUAAUGUAACAAAUUAGGCACAGAUGAUGGAUUUUGAUAACAGCAGCUGUCAACCUCUGUUAAAAUCAAUCAGUGACAAGAUUGUAUAUAUUAAAUCCUGUAUCAUGUCAUGAAAAUUUAUUUACAGUUUAACCACUAAUAAGCAUAACUGUCAGCUUUGCUGUUGAUAUUUUCAUGAUGUGUUUUGGCUCUAGGUAUUUUACUUGUAUGCUAAUAAUUCUUUUAAUUUAAAACUUUGUGGCCUCUUUGAGACAAACUGUCCAAAUGCCUUAUGACAUAUCAUACUUUAAAAAAGUUUUACUAUUCCCUAGAGUUGAAUAUUACCUUGAAAAUAUCCCACAUUUUUUAGUUCUCUUACUUUAUUUAAGAGUUAAUGAUGCUAAAUUUUUUAAAUGAGUACAUCAGAAUUUAUAUUUCCAAAUGAGUAUUCUUGAAAGUAGCAUUUAUUCCAGUGAUGUAACCAUUGUGGGAGCCAUCUGUAACCUCUGUUUUGAUAUUGAUUUGAAAGUCUGUUUUUAACCACUCAAGAAUAUAAUUUCAUUACUUCUAGUUACUCCUUAAUUUAUACUGAAAUGUGAUCACUAAGCUUCUUUCACCAGACUUGGCCUUUGAAUGGUCUUCAGCUGUUUCAAAAACUUAAAUACCUCCUCUUUCUCCUUUUCCAUGGAUACAGAUUUGUCACUAUUGAAGUUAUUUAGGAGAACCCAUCACACACAUUUGCCCAGUUAACCUUUUUCACUGCAGUUUAAAUCAUAUUUCUUCUUCUUCAAGAAUUUUAAUGGAUCCCCAUUGUCUACUAACAAGACCAAAUUUACCCUUCCUUCCACUUUUUGCUCACCACCAACUUUUCUAGACCCCAAACAAAAAUAUUUUCCUUGUUUGCUGACCCUACCAGUUGGGGUUCCACAGCACCUGAUAUUUUUCCCCUGCCAUCUGCCUUAACCAGGUUAUGGUCUAGUCGUUUGGGCAGUAUAUCUUCUUCCUACUUCAUGCUGAGUUUCUUCAAGGCAACAGACCGUUUCUUACUCAUUUUUCUUCCCUUACAAUGCCUAACCCAGAGCCGGGCACAUAAUGUACCCUCAGUAAAUAUUUAUGGAACAAAAUGUGUUACAGGCUAAGAAUUCCAUUCCAAAGAGAAGUUCUGAAAUUUUUUAAAGUGACCAUAUUCAAGAUAUGUCAGAAGGUACCAAUUCAAAUAAUUUUUAAAAAAUCAACUCAUAUUCUUUCUCUUCCUUUUAUUCUUAUUAAGUUGCUCUUCUCUACUUUCCACCUGAAAAAUGAGAAUUGAGCAGGGAAUCAUGGUAGCUGAAGUCUCUCACAGCUUAGAGGAAUGAUGGCUUCGUGGAAAAGGGCAGCUGACUGAAUCAUUUUGAAGCCUUGAAUUAGUUCCCUGAACUAAGCUUACUGGUUUUCAUUACAUGUGUCUGUGUAACUGAUUUUCAUCUUAUGUAUGGGUAUAAAGAAAUUAGAACUGGCAAGGGCCUAAUAGAUUAUAUAAUCCAAUUUCUUACAAAAGAAAACUGAGGAUAAGGAAUUUGUCUAAGAUCAAAUAGCAAGUUAGAGGCAAAGUCAGAACUGGAACUAAGGUUUUCGACCUCCCAAUAUACACCUUUAUUUUGCUGCCACCCUUGAUUGCUGGCAGAAGUUUUGCUGCCACCCUUGAUUGCUGGCACCCUUGAUUGCUGGCAGAAGUUUCUUGGUCUCUAGGAUGACAGAGACUUAAUAGGCAGCUACCACAUACUUAUGACAACAGAACUUAGAAGAUCGGGCGUGUGAAAACUGAACAAGGAGACUGAGUACCUGAAGUACUAAUAGUAUCUUUUUCCCCAAAACUAUGUUAAAGUGAGCUUUAUGGUACUGAAUACUGUAUGCUUACCCUGUGUACUCUACGGUCAUAUGUUUUAAUCUGACUGUGUUGUGUUAAUUCUCUUCUCAAAUAUGAAUUAAAUUUAAUUAAUAUUGAAGUCUCUUUAAAUUGCUUUUCUGUUUUCCGAUAAGAAUUUCUUCCUCCCUUUUAGCUUCUUACCUCCUGUUACCUCUCUAACUCUAGAUAGAAUAUGAGCGAUUUAUUUAGUCUUAGUUUGCUUUUAAUGAAAUCAAAAUUAAGAUUUUUAGGUCUCUUUAUAAUGAACAUGUACUACUUGAUCUGGAGGUAUUUUAAUAUAGUAUCUUUAAAAUUAUCUAACUAAAUAUAUUACUUCCAAAUGUAAUGUUUCCAAGAGGUUACUUAAAAGUAAUGAUUAUUAUAAUAACUAGUAAACACUUUGAAAUUCUCUAUGUUUAUCUUGUUUUAUCUACACAGACAUUUACUACAUAGGAUUUGAAGAAAGGAUGCUUAAAAAGAAGUGUACAAACUGUGGUCUAGUAGAAACCCAGAUCUAGAGAUACAGAGACACCUGCCAUGUGCAUUCAGGGCAUCCAGCAAAUCUUAGUUAUGAAGAAGAUUAUAUCAGGGCUGUACCAUCUUGUCUUCAGUUUUCAGCAUUAGAUUGCACUUCAUGCUGAGAGCAAACAGUGACUUCUGCCACAUGUUUGAAAGACCAAUUACAUCAGGCAUUGCAUUUUUAUUAUACUUUAUAUUCUAUAUUGACGGUUUAUGUUCUGUGCCUACCAGUAACAUUUGUUGAAUGCUUACUUGUAUGCCAGGCACAGUUCUAACACUUGACAUGAAUCAAAUCUUUUGAUCCUCAUAAAAACUCUUAUGAGGUAGGUUCAGUUAUUUUCCCCAUUUUUCUGUUGUGGAAACUGAGGGACAGAGAGCUUAAGUAAUUUGGCCAACAUCAUAUAUUUAGUUAGUGAAGGAGCUGAGUAUAAACCCAGAGAGUCUGGCUCUAGAGAUUGUGCUCUUAACCAUUAUGCUACGCUGCCUCUUGGAAAACCCAUGUACUUAGGUUUUAUAACAAGUAAAUAUUUAGCUUAUUUUCUUUGGUGGUAGAAGUGGAGGAGUAAAGGGAGGUGGGGGAUGGAGCUGUAGGCCUCUGGGGGCUGAAUUAGAAUUCAUCAUGCCUUGCAGUGAAUGUUUGCGGCCAGAAAAGGAUUGAGACCUUCUGCCUUUUAAGGAAAUUAGCUUAAUUUCUGUCUGGAUCAUUAGAGUUCUAACUUAUGACAUUUUAGUCUUCUACCUUCAUGGUAUAUAUUUCAUGAAACAUUUUUGAUAAAUUCUUUU